GCGACAACUGCGAAGUUUUGUAUGAAUGGUUUAAGUUCCUCAGGGAUGAAGUAUUGUCUAUAAUAGCAAAAAAUUUCCAAUAUUCUGUAGAAUCAAAAGUCGACAAUAAUGAAAAAUCGCAUCAUUCUCAAAUGCAAGACUCGAAAAUUGGAGAAAGCUCAGGAAAUUUCAAUCAGAAGUUUAUAAAAGACCAUUUGGAAAGCUAUAAUUUUGAGAGAGAAAUGUCUGCGUUCAGAAGAGAAAUUUUCGAGUGCAUCAUUUGUUGCGAGUUUAAAACUGGUCUAAAGUGCGUGCGCCUUGAACCUUGCCGUCAUGUUCAUUGCAGAGAUUGCAUACGGUCCUACCUGCAGACACGGAUUGCAGAAGGAUCGGUAUGUAAUAUCAUGUGUCCUAGCACUGGCUGUGAUAGUCAAUUACUCCACGCGCAGGUACGUGAGAUAGUCAGUAAAGAGGAAUUUGACAGGUACGAUCAGCUGCUGUUGAACAUGAUGCUGGAGACGGAUCCAAACAUGGUUCGCUGCCCGCGACCUACAUGCCAGUACCCGGUCACCAAAGACCAAAAAGAAAAGGUGGCCGUCUGUCCAAGUUGUAACUACGCAUUCUGCGUCCUGUGCAAGAAGGGCUACCACGGAGUCGAGGAUUGCGACAUAAAAUAUUAUGAGGAGAAAGCAUUAGUGAAAGAGUAUUUGGGAGCUGAUAGAAAGAAAAAAUUGCUAAUGAAAGCUAAAUAUGGAAAGAAACUGGUCAGAUUGGUUAACACAUCACUCAAUGAAAAAUGGCUUGGAGAAAACAGUAAAAGAUGUCCCAAAUGUAGGGCGUCCAUUGAGAAAUCGGCAGGAUGUAAUAAAAUGGUCUGCAAUCUUUGCAGAAGCAUUUUUUGUUGGAUCUGCCUUGAUCUGUUAGAUGACAAUGAACCUUACAGACAUUUUUAUGACAGGAAAUCUCCCUGCUACAAUAAGCUCUUCGAUGGUGUUGCACCUGAUCAUGAUGCUUUUUUGAAGAGGAUAAUGCUCAUGCUCAGCCGACGGGACAAUUGCCAGCCGCAGCAGGUCGACUGUUGGUGGCGGUCAGACGACCGGCGAGGCGACCGGCGGGGCGACUGGUGGCCGGGCGACCGGUGGCGGCCAGGGCGACCAACGGCGGCGGCCAGGGCGACCAAUGGCGGCGGCCGGACGACCGGCGGCAGCGGCCGGACGACCGGCGGCGGCGGCCGGACGACCGGUGGUGGGGCGACCGGUGGGGCGACCGGCGGCGGCCAGACGACCAGUGGGGUGACUGGUGGCAGCCGGGGGACCGGUGGUGGGGCGACCUGCAGGGCGACCGGCAGCGGCCGGGCGACGGUGGCGGGGGCAAACGGCGGGGCAACCGGCGGCCAGGCGAUCGGUGGCGGCCGGAUGACCAGUGGCGGGGCGACCGGUGGCGGCCGGGCGGGCGGGUGGCGGGGUGACUGGCAGUGCUAUGGCGGUAAGUUUAAUCAUAACACCUCCCCCAUCAAAUGUUGUCGAGGCCUAGCGGACCCCGGAUCCAAAUCGGGCAGAACUGGAACCGAUUCAGGAAGGCGUAAAUCAGGGAUAUUGGUAGUCAAAUCCGGUGGGAUAGAAGUAGGUGUCAAUUCAGGUGAAAUCAAAUCCGGUGUAGAAAAAUCAAGUUGCUCAGGGGCCUGUGGUACAGUAGGAGAAGUCAUCACAGGUGCAGGAGUCAUCACAGGUGCAGGAACAUUGAAUUGA